UUGUUUGGUUGAACAUGUGCAUCGCGUGUUUAUAAUUCAAGUUAUUUAUUUUAGACAUGUUUCAUACACUGUAAAAACAUAAAACUCAUUAUGUCCGGAUACUUGGAAAUAAAGUAUCCGUUCAAAUCUAACUUAGGCUUAAAUCCUUUCAAGUCGUGGAAAAGACAAUGGUGUAUUUUGAGACCGAGUCCGACCUGUUCGGGGGCUUCCCUGGCGGUGUACUGCAGCGAGGCAGGUGCUUCAGCGGGCUCGGUGGAGUUACCUUUGGGUUGCGUAGUAAAGAGAGCCAAAUCUCGCACGCGGCCACAUGCCUUUGCUGUAUUCUCUGUUGACGAGCCGCGAAAGCCUCGCAUUUUGCUGGCGGCACAAUCUCUUCAUGAUACACAAGUUUGGAUGGAAAAGAUCCGAGCUUUGUUGAAUGGCAGUAAAAUAUUGGACAACGAGCCAUUGCUAAAAGACUCAUACUCGGUGAGCGUGGUCGCCACUGAGUUGUCCCGUAAGUGCGGCCUGAGCGCCGACACGGUGGUGACCCUGACGUCGGCGGGGGUGGUAGUGGCGCGUGCGCAACUCGCCACCUUCCUAGAGUGGAAACAUAUCAGGGAUGUGCGCCUCACCGAUGAUGAUAAGAACAGAACUUGUGUUCUCACUGUCGAUAGUGCGUUUAGUAGCGGUGGUGGUGAGUUGAGGCUGCGGUCCCCGCUGGCCGGGGCCCUAGCGCGCGCAGUGCGGGCCGCGCUGCCCGCCACGGACGAGCCCCGCGAGCCCCGCGCUACUCGCUCCCCGCACAAACUUAGCAAGAGUGACGGAGAUCUACGCUCACAUACCUACUCUGACACACAUAUGGGCGACGUCCGCCGCAGUAGUUGGUACAGCGGCCCUUCUGAAGUAUCCCUGGAUGACAUAGACCUUGUAAUGUCCAAGGAGUCGAAGCACAUCCCCGUAGGUCAGUUGUCUCGCUACAGCGGCGAAGGACAGCUGUCCUCCGCGACUGCGCUCGCGCAGCCCUUCAACAUUCAAUCCAUCGCCUCCUUCGAUGAUAGUAUGUCGGACCGUCGCUCGCUACUGUCGGUGGCGUCUGGUAUCUACGAGGAGAUCCCCGACCUGCCGGAGGGAAACAACACCAACGCGCUCUGUACCAUCACCUGCGACGUACCUGACGGCGUCUUUAGGGCUCUAUGCGCCCCCCUGACGGAGGAGCCGACGUACGAGUGUGUGGGGGACUGCGUGUACGCCACCAUGCGCAGGCGCAGGCCGCCGCCACUACCGCCGCGACACCCCUUCAGUACUCUGAAGCCGGGCGUGGGCUGGGCGCGCGUGGGCGGGGGCGCGCGGGGCGCGGGCGGGGGCGCGGCGCACAGCGUGACGCGCCACUCGUCGCUGGGCUCCCUGCCGCGCGCCGCCGGCCCGCCCGGCCCCGCCUCGCAUACCAACACGCUGCCCAAGCGACAACCCUUCAGUGUCUUCCGGAAACGCCUCAAAAGCGACUCCCGCAUCACUGGCUCGCAAAAAUCUGAAACGUCCAAAGAGAACAAAGACGUCGAAACUAAAAAGAAGAAGUUCGACUUUACGCCGACGCGGGACAUAUUCAAGAGCUUCAAGGUGAGUCGCAAGAUGAAGAACUUGAAGAUCACGUCCGGCAACCUCGCCAAGGGGGAAACCAAGAGCUGCGAUUUCCUCGACGAUACCGACCACGUACAGCCCAACCGAUGCUCUAAGUCCGUCGAGUGCCUCGAGAAUGACUUCGAGUAUGAGGCCGACCUCUCCAUAGAACUGACAGAAGACAGUAUGGCCGCCCUCACCCUCCCGCAGCAGAUCGUGGACCUCCUCCUGGGCCACGAGCAGAUGAGUAAGGUCCGGCUAAAAGACCAGGUGGAGAACGACUACAUGCCGAUGUCGCCGAUCAUCCCGCCCGCGCCGAUGGAGCACCACUACAUAGUCAUGUCGCCACGGACCAAUAUCGCCUGAACUAGUCCCACGCUAACUAUAAGUUACUCUAAGCUGUAAGUAUUGACACGUUGACAGUUCUCAUGUGUUUAUGUUUAGUAACCCUGUAUGGAAAAUGGUUUGACCAAUGACCAUUCUCGAAGAGAUUGUUUUCGUAUUUGUCUGCUUGUUGAGGUUUUUGCACAAUUUUUUAAGUAUUUUACUAACUUGCUGGGGUAGACGAAAUUGUGUUGAAUUAUAAAAGUCCAGGUUAGACUGUCGUGUGGACCUUACAUCGCUGGAGCAAUGUCGGUAGCCUACUUAACUAUAUUUAUUGACAGAUUCCAGAAAUAUAUCGACAUUGUUCGUGCGUUGUCAUUCUCCGCAACAUAAUGUAUCAAGUUGUUGAUAUUACUCGGACGCUCACUGCUCUCGUGGCUUACAUAUCAACGUUACCCGCGACAGAUGAGGUAGCAAGUAAUUAUCUAUUAUAGUGAUGGUCGAUAGUUUUAUCGAUAAAAUUACAAAAUAUCGAAUUGAUUCGGAAGGCGUAUCGAAUCGUUGAAAAGACUUACAGGUGUCUUGUCGAGACACCUGUGUUCGUAUAGACUGCUCUGUUGAUCUGAAUAGGGAACUCUGAAAAGACAAAUUGUUACCCUGGUGUUUACAAUAUUUACAUCACACGUGACGUAAUAUCGCGAGAAAAUAAAGAAAUAUAUUUUUAAAUAACCAAUUUUAGCUGAUGGUAUAAUGUUAAGGCUCUCUAAAUAAAAUCAUGAUAAACUACUUUAUAAUACGUUUUGAGGGAUAUAUUUUACAGUAUACAUACAUUAAAAAAUAUUUUAUUGAAAAUAUUUAUAUGCUUGUGGCUCAUUUUAGUUUUCAAGAAACGAUGGUUUAUAUUUCUAUACAUUUCUAUAUCCACUAAAAACGAUCGUACUUUUUGAAAAUCUCGCAAGAUAACUUAAAAUCGCAACCUACCGCUUAUCCAGUCCAAUUUGUUGACAUAAAGAUGAUAAUGCCAAUCAAAAAUAUUUUUAUACUACCUACCAAUUAAUGGCUGCAGCUGCUAAUCGUCUUAUCGCUAACGCAAUACGAAUUAAAAUCGCUUUACUGAACUGUAAAUUGAAGUUGGCAAGUCUUGUAAAAUUUUCAAAUUGAGAACGCUCAAACAAACCAGAAGAAGUAUUUAAUACAGUUUAAAAAAAUAUCAGCUAAAAAUAUUUAUUACCUCGUGAAAUCUUCCGAAGUAACAUGGUCUAAUGUAAUACAUAUGUAACUAUUUUUGUAUACCAUCAUACCUUUGUUGAAAUACCGUAUUUACGUAUAAACAUACAAUAUAUGACAUUAACAUAUUGACCCGUGCUGGUUUUGUUAUAAAUAACUUUAUAAUAGCCAUUAGAUUCAGCUAUUUCAAUUGUCAAAGCUUGUUUAAUAGAUUAUCAGUGUUACUGCAAUAUCAUAAGGUUGAGAAUCCGAUUAAAGUGUUGUACACUACCUUUUAAAAGUCGAACAUGCCAAAAGCAUAGUUGACGAUGUAUAAUCGACAAUGUUGAUUAGGAAACUCGGUCACUAUUCAGCAAAACUAUCAACCUAUGUAUUCCAUUUUAGAUUUUAUAACAAUGCAAUAAUGUUGAAAGUCAAAUAAAGUUUGGCAAAUUGGUAUAAAGGUUAUAAAGUUUUUCAUAACAAAAUUCACUAUAGCCAAUCUUAAUAGCAUGUCUGUCUGUUGAUUUGCUUAUUAGAAAAGUAAUUUUGACAUAAGUGAAACUUACACAACCUACAGAUUGUGUCAAAAUUCUAGAUUUUUAACGAACAAAAUAAUAAAUGAAUUCUAAAUUGUAGAUUUUUGGCUUAUUCACGUUUAACACAGUGGCUGGGCAAAUAACCACGACAUAAGACAAAAUCCUAGAUUGAAACAAGUUUUUAAAAGAAAAAGGUCGAAAAUGGAUCUUAAUAUUUUUUUUUUUUAUUGAAAUCUGUUCAUUUUUGUUGGCCGUGAAUCUACCUACAGAUUAGUUAUUGAGAUUGGCAGGUACUACCACACAUAAACCUCUGUAACUAUUCCACUUAUAAUUGCACAAUUUCUUACUUUUUCUACACAAAUACUAUUGUUCUUUGUAAACAGCUAAGCGACUGCCAAACAAAACCAUCUUUCUCUCUCUAACAUUCGCAUAAAAUAGAGACAGCGACAGUUUAGGUUCCCUAAUAUCGCUCUAUGAUUUCACGGCUUAGUGAAAAAAACAAAAUUGAGGUAUAGAAGGUUGUCUAAUAUACUACGUAUUUAUUAUAAUGCUGUCUUUUACUAACAGUAAAAAAAGAAAUGGAUAGCAACAGCUCGCAACUACUUAGAACAAUUUAUUCUAUAAAUGUUGAAAUGAAAUAUUUAAUUACCUAUUUCUGUAAAUUCGUGCUACCCCUUACUAUCGGUAAAGGACAGCAAUAGUGUAAAAAGUAAAGACAUUGUAAUUAUUUACUAAUAACGAAAGAAAUUAUUGUAUGUAGUAUGAUGUAGGUUACGUUUGUUUGUAUAUGUUGGGUCGAGUACUGCCAAAUAUGUAGGUAUAAGAAUGAAAAUAAUUUAUGAACCAGUCUCGGUAACCUAUCUAUGAGUGGAUCUGUACCCCAUCACUCAUUCCUAAUCCCCAAAUACCCCAUCCAUCAAGUCUAGGCCGGCAACGCAGUCGUACCUUUGUUGUUGCGGGUGUCCACGGGCAACGUCAAUUGCUUAUCAUCAUGUGAUCUUACUAGUAGUACUAGUCUAACGAAUAUGGCUACUAGUACUGAAUUAACUAAAAAUAACGGUUUACUCAUCUAAAUAUACUGAGUACAGCUUUACUAGUUUCGAGUCACAGACGGACUCUUCCUCGUCGCACAACAUACGUACACAUGUAAACCAUUAUUUUUAGUUAAUUCAUUAUGUCUCACAAUAUUUAUUUUAAAGUACCUACUAUAAAACAUACAUUAAAAUUCUCAUCCCUAAUAGGUUUAUUAAUAGGUAUGUUAAUGAGACUGGUCAUAAAAGGUCUUUUAUUUCUGAAAGGAGUAGGAAAUGUGUCAUUAGGCCAACUGUAGUUUAAUGUGUCUUGAAAUAUAGAACUAUAUUUGAAGAGUCAAACUUCUGAAUAAGACUUACUUGAUAAAAGAAAUUAUUGCAAGUAUGAACUUUUUGAAAAUGGUCCCCUAAUGUUAGAAAUUAAUUCCAGUUUAUUUCUUAGAGAUCAAUUUGAACGUGGGAAUAGUCGGUGGUUGUGAAUAAAAUAACGAAAUCAAGGCAGCUAUUUUAAAAUGUUCGUAUUUUAUCUAUAACUAACUCGCUAUUUCUAAUUUGUAAUUUGUACUUUAUACAGAGUUGGUUCAAAAUGAAAUGAUAGUUUCAAAAUUAACGGAAUGACUAAAACACGCUUCUAUGCGCUUCAACUUGAUAGAAGGGAUUAAAAAAGAGUAUUUUACGAUUUGUACAUGUUCAUAAAAAGUUACAAAUCAGUCCACGUACAGUCGUAACAAUUUACGUGUUGGUAGAUUUGGCGACUAAAUAUAGACAUAUGACGUAAAUUUGAAAUAAAGAAUAUCAAAUCAAUCUCUGGUAGUCUAAUCUACCAAUAGCUAAUUAAAACAGGCCGUGAGACAUCAGUCAAUUUCGACUUCCAAAAUAUACAGCACUUUAAUUACGACCUUAAUAAAAGCGUGUUAAAAUGUAAUUUGGAGUAAAAGUAUAAAGUAAAAACGUUCGUUCAUCAAAGAAAGACUGAGGAGGGACAAGACUAGUGUAUUUUGAAGAUUUAUUAGUGGGUAUAGGGCUCCAGUAUUACAAUCGUGGAGGGUGAAGGGAGGGCAUUCUAUGGACCGAGUUCUACGACACUGUGUGACUGAAUAGCACUGAUUAUGAAAGACUUUGAUAACUUUAAGACAAAUAUUUAUUAUUUUUUAUUUUAUGAAGGAUAAGUAGGUUUGUGUCAUCUCUACCUACCCUUUCUGGGUAUAGGGCGUGAUGGUGUAUCGUUUUACUAAUUAAUAAACAAUAAUCGAGUAUGUUUACUUACACUGCAAAUUACUUUAUUUUGAAACAGCAUGUUUCGUAAAUAUUGAAUCGGAUAUAGUUUAAAAAAAUCUGCAUAAUUCAAUAUAAAUUAUUCCAUGUAGGUAAUGAAAUGUUGCAAUAAAAUUGAAAUUCUUUGUUUUUAUUUUAGUAUCAGCAUUAUUGCUUUUCGAUGAAAUGAAACAAUAACACUAUUAAUUGAAAUUGAGCUAAAACAGCAUUUUACUUGAGUAAUUUUUGUUUGUAAGUACAUAUUGUUACUUGACAUGUAUUAACAUCGACUUUAAACGUGAUCCUUAGACGUGGAUGCUUUAGACAAUGAGAUGAUAAUUUUCAAUGACAUAUACACCAGCGUCACUUUUUAUUCUAGGCCUAGUAAUUAAAAGACUUUAGUGAGCAUAAUAAAUUAAUUUUAAUCUCGUCAGUCACUGCCAAUUUCCGUCCAGUGCGUUGGAGAAUAACAUCAGUAUUUGAUUCAAAUAAGUUAUUUUUUACUCUUAAGUUUGGCUCGUAGACCUCAGUCACUUGUGUCGUGGAACUAAAGUCUAGCUUCUAUAUGUAUACGGCUUAAUUUGCUAUAUGUUGUGAUAUUUAAUGCUAAAUACUUGUUGAAACUUCUAUAAGCUUGAAGGCUUUUGUUGGUUAUACCUAUUUGUAUGUAACGCGUUGCCAAAUGUUUGAUGUGCGGCGCCAAUGUUUGUGUGUUUAGUCAAAAGCAGUAUUCAGCUGAUCUUAUUAAUAUUUAGCUUUACUGUGUAGCUUACUUCGUUGGUGUCAUCCACAGUUCCAUAGGGAUAAAACAUAGGGUUGUAAGGUAUUAAGAUGUUGUUACGACAUUCUGGGAAACUCAAAGACAUAAUUUAUUACCAUAUUUCUCAAAGAUUUGUGUACUUCUCAAAAAUGUCGUAACAAAUGACUAUCACGUUGUAGUGUAGGCUCAGAUCUCUGUAGUUUCGAAGGAGACGCUAUAAUUUGCAAUUAUACCUUUCUAAUGAUUUAUAACAGGAGCCAGUUCAAUCCUAGUUUUUGGUAAUAUUUACAUGACAAAGAAUCUACGAUGGUUUUGUUGCAAUGAUGUAUGAUAGAUACCUACUAUAUGUCGUAGAGUAAAACGAUUUUAUCGAGUGAUAUUAUACUUAUUGUGACUGUGAAGCUACGAUUGAACAUUUUCCUAGUCUCGAGCGUCUCCUGAGAAUUGGCCAACAGGGUGGAUAGAAAUGUUUAGUUAGAAAAAUUUACUCAGAAUUGUGGAUGACUCGCCAUAGUCUAAUUUAGGUUAGUAGGUCGCGUUCAUAUCAACCACGUUCUGACCAAUUUUGUAUCUAGCUGUAGAGUACUUAAACUUAUUACUUACACUUAGUGAAAAUGAAUGAACACUACGUUCAGGCACACAGCACUACCAACCUUAUUUGUAUGAAUAUAAAAUUGAACAUUCACUUUCUCCAUCUGGAGUUUAUGACUAACUACUCAAUUGCUCUGCUGAGCAAAUUGACCAUAAAAACAUUAUUAAAUGAACGAUUAUAGAGGAAAGUAACUACUUUGAAUGAAAGAAGUAAAAAAUAAUUAUUUGAUUUUUACAUCGAUUUUAUCUGAUUACUCACACUAGAUCUUUUGUAGAUGAUCUAGGUAACAUUUAUAUUUUAUAUUGAUGAUGAUGAUUGUAUAAGUUUGUGGUGCGCUCGUCAUUACAAUCUCAUGAUUGUUUAUUGUAAAUAAUUAAGAGGCCUAUACGCGUUUGUUUAUUUUUUGUAAGUGAUAAAUAUAAUAAUGUUUUGUUGUUCUGUUUCGCCUUAUAUAAAUAUCAUGAGAAUAUAUUUUAUUCUUCCGCUUUGCUUUUGAUCACAAUUUGUUACCAUAUUUUUUCUUGAUUUUUUGUAUGUUUUCAUUUUAUUUUCGGUUGAUUGUUAGAGCUCUAUUGUGAAAGAAUUUUGUACUAUCAGCAUUUUUCGAGUAAAAUGUGGAGUUAGGAAUUCAAGAAAGCAAAACAGACCAAUAUUAAAUAAAGUUCAUUUGGUUUGUUCUAAUGACUUCACAGAAAACAAUGUAAUUUGUCUACAUUUAGAACAUAUGUUUGCGCUUGAGUUCCUAUCUACCACAUUUUUUAACAAACUGUACAUAUGUUUCGGUACUGGAUGGCAAGUAGGAAUGUAUUAAUCAAAACUAGUUUAUAUAUUAUAUAUAUGUAUUGUAGUAUGUUGUGUUUCUUCGAAAUGAUUAUGGCAGCUAUUGGCUUGACCAUCUGGUAGGAAAUCUUUCUUUAAACAAAAAUAUGGAGAGCUCUAAAUAUAAAAAAUAUAAAAUCAUUGUUGAUUACAGAAAGACAGUAUUUUUUUAUUUGUAUAUUAGACAGCUAGUUCGGAAUUCGGUAAUGGACCAAAUUGUUUUUUUUUUGCGUUUAUUUAUUGUACUGCGAAGUGUCGAUAAGUAACAUUGCAUCGUGUUAUGCAAAUAAAGUUUGUAUGUCAA